AUGUCAGUACAACUUGCAGACCGAUCUGUCAAGUAUCGCGUAGGUGUUCUUGAAAACAUACCCGUCCGUAUCGGACAAUUCUACAUCCCUACGGAUUUCAUAAUUAUGGACAUAAAGGAAGACUUCAAUACUCCCAUAAUCUUAGGAAAACCUUUUCUAGCUACCGCUGGAGCUAUUAUAGACGUAAAGAAAGGCAAGUUGACAUUCGAAGUAGGUGAGGAGAAGGUCGAGUUUAUUUUAACACGAUUCCUUCAAGCCCCAGCUAUUGAAGAUACAUGUUACCUAGUGGAUGUUAUUGAUGGAUGUGUAAGAGAGAUAGGAUUAUCGGAAGAAUCUUACUCUGAAGUUAUAAAGAUUCCGAUGCCCUUGAUUUUCGAAGAUGACAAUUGGCGUCCGCAAUAUCGAGACGAUAGUUUAAGAGAAUGCUUAGCUUUAACACCCAACCCUAUUCCUUGA